ACGUGGAUUCGGUGACUGCAAGAGGACCUGUGAAGUUGUCAGCGAAUUUUUUAGAGGAUAGUAACAUUAUUGAAACGUCUGUUAAACAUCAGUCUUUGUGUGCAUCAUUACAAGAAUAAUACUAGUUGCCUUCGACGUUGUCAAGAGAAGAAAGAUGCAAAAGCUGUUCCUCUUGUUGGUUUUAGUCGCUUCAGUCUGCUCUGAAUCGCAGGCGAGAGAGACUGAGACGUGGAUGCCCAUGAAGGCUAAGCAGUCUCAGGAGGACCUGGUGUCGUCGGGUGACUCCCAGAACGGUUCCGACUUCGAGAUCACCAGCGACGACGAGGACGAUGAUGACGACUCAUUCUACGAUGAUGGCUUUUCAGGCUCUGGAGAUGAUGAGUCCUUCAAAGAGAUUGUGCCAACAUCUAAGCCAAACCUCAACGACAACAGGAUCCCAGAGCAGGGAGACUCCGAGAAGCCACGACCCACCGUGGACGAGAACGACAUUGUGGCCAAGAACGAGGUCGGCGUGCGCUCGUCAGGGUUCGAGGAGUACCCACCCAACGUGCUGAUGUCCCAGUCGGGAGACGAUAAAUUCUUUCACAGGACUGAAGUGAUUGCAGCCCUGAUUGCUGGCGGCGCAGUGGGCCUGCUCUUCUCCGUGCUCCUCAUUCUGCUGCUCGUCUAUCGCAUGAAGAAGAAAGAUGAGGGCAGCUACGACCUGGGCAAGAAGCCCAUCUACACGAAAGCCGCCACCAUGGAGAUCUACGCCUAAAGGUCGGGGAGUGGAGUGCCUCUGCAGCCCCCCCCCCUCCUUUCCUCACAGUGCCUCUGAAACUCAGCCGCUAAGCUUUCUCUCUCUAUCUCUCUAUUUCUCUCUCUCUCUCUCUAUUCCUGGACUGCCUCACACCUGAUCCUCCAUGCUACCAGAAAAGCCAGAGAGAGAGAGGGAGAGGUACAACUCUGAAAAUUGAAAGAAAGACUGACUGUAAAAUACUCUCUCCUCAGUCAUGCCAUUGUAAUCUGAUGAGAUGUCCCCCAAUCAGUGGGUCUUGUAAUUAAGGGGCCAUGUUCCUUUUUUUCUUAUUUUUUAUUUUUAUUAACAUCAUGAGAAGGCAAUUAGGAGAGGUGUUGCCAAACAUCAAAUAUUUGUUUCUUUUGUUUCCUUUUAAUUUAAAUAUUUAAUAACUCCACCCAAAGUGAAAUGCUUAAUGUCCUGAGCUGCACUGGAAUUCAAUAUGUCUAUCGGUGUGUACGCCCCUCCGGAGGUUUUUGUUUUGUUUUGUUCAUUUUUAAGCUAGAACACUAAAAGUUGUAAUGCGGUGCUCGGUCUGUGAUAUGGUACUGAGAUCAUCGUAACGUUAUUUAUUUUCUCCCUUCCAGUCAUCCACACCUGUCCUCAUAUCCGUCAUGGUGCUGCAGGAGUUGAUGUUACUGUGGCAUUUAUGUGUUUUUCUUUCCUUCUUUUUUUUUUUUUUUUUUCAAGUUUCUUGUUUUGGAUGAAUCCCUGUGUACAAUGACUGAUGUGAUUAUCUCAAUUUUAUCCUUUUUUAAGCUAAGGCUAAAAAUCAGUGGUUCGAAAAAAGAAAAUGCAGUGCGUUAAUAUGAAAUAAAAUCGGUUGGUACUAUGUGCUCUGGCUAUCAUGUAGCGGAGGGACUCAAAGGAGAAAGCUGCUUUAGGUGUAAGGGGAGGAGCAUGGUCUCAGUCUCGGUACAAGGGAGUGGUGUGUGUGAUAUGGGAAAGAUCACAUAUACUCUAAAGCGGCGUUCUAUCAGCUGAUUGCUAUGCCCAAUCGCAUAGGCUCUCUGGAUGCAGCUGUCUUAGUCAGCAAAGCCGUUUUUAACAGGUACAUGUUUGCUGUUGAUGACUCACAUUCUCUGCACAUGGACUUUGAAUUUCCAGGGAUUUGUAAAUAGCCAUCAAAAUAAAGUCAAAAAGAAAAAAAAAAUGGGUACUUGGGCCAUUUUGUGGCAGACUGUUAGUAACCAAAUAUUUAAAUGCCAAAUUUUUUAUUAUUUUGUUUUCCACUCAUGAUUUUCCUCUUCCCCCCCCAGUUUCACAACAAUACUGCUUAUAAACAUAGACACAGAAAUAAACUGCACAAUUUUUAGUUUCUUUAGAAACUCAGUGGGACACAUUUUCAAAAUGAAUGACCAAUUCUAGUACUAACUUCUUCGUCUGUGUUCAGUGUUCUGGUAGAUAACAUGUUUCAGGUUUUUUAUGUAUUAAUUUAACUGUCAAAUAUUUUAUUGCCUUCUUUCAGGUUGGGGCUUUUCCCCUCUAAGCUGUUGUAUAUGUGAUUUGAUUUUUUUUGUUUUUGUUUUUUAUAUAUAAAAUAUAUAUUAUACACUAGUUUUAAGAUUUCUGAAGCAAAUAGUUUUGAAGCAGUUUUUUAUUUUGUAAGAGUUUCUAUUCCUUUUAGACAUUUUUGAGCGGUAUAUAUUUAUGUUUUGUAGAAGGAUUGCUAUGUAAUUGUUCAGGGGAAGAGGAUUGAGCCAUGUGUCAUUAGCAUGGGAAAAAUAAAUCUGCUGCUUUUCGUCAUAACAAGAGAUGUGAAUCACCAAUCGAGUGGAGGAGUCAAUGAAUCAUUGAUUUCUGUAUGCAGAUUCUGAUCUGUUUGGAAAUAAAGCUAUUUUUAUGCACACAA